AUGGCCACACUGGCUGUGCGAGGCUCCGAAAACCUCGAGGUGGGCGGCCGAACUCUGCGUGUCCAGUUCUGGAAGGCCAUGAAGAAGGCAAAGUUGAGGAAGGGCAAUGACAGCGCCAACGGCCAUGGCGGCGGUCGUUUCGGCAGUAAGGCGCCGCGACGCGAAUCAGCCCCAGAGGCCCACAAACCCUUCAUUGUGGUGCCUAGCAAUCUGCGUGGAGGAGAACGCACAAAGUACAUACAACGACUCCUGCUCAAACGAAAGAAGAAGGCCGCCAAGUCGGCAACAUCGAAGGCAGACCGGCCGAAGGGACCCGUGAAGAAAAACAAGAAGAAGCUGGACUACAAAAACAAGAAGGUGCCAGCCUGA